AUGGUGGUGACGGUGAACACAGAUUACACGGAUAAGGACAUAUCCAGGUUCAAGGUCGUCUUCACCUUGGUGGUCUCCGGAACCGAGUGCGUCGCUGGCAUCGCUGGGAACGGCUUCAUCACGGCCAUCCACGGGGCCGAGUGGGCCCGGCGCAGGAGGCUCCCUGCGGGCGACAGCAUCCUGCUGGCCCUGAGCCUCUCCAGGCUCCUGCUGCAGAUCUGGAUGGCGGUGGACACAGCCUCCAGCCUACUCUUCCCGGCCACUUACAACCGAAACGCCGUGUACAUACCCUUCAAAGUCAUCGUCAUGUUUCUGAAUUACUCCAACCUCUGGCUCGCCGCCUGGCUCACCGUCUUCUACUGUCUUAAAAUCGCCAACCUGGCCCACAGGCUCUUCUCCGCGAUGAGAAGGAAGAUCCCGGUGCUGACGCCGUGGCUCCUGAGGCUGACGCUGCUCGUCUCCUUGGGCUUCAGCUUCCCCUUCUCCAGGGACGUCUUCAACGUGUACGUGAACAGUUCCGUCCCUGGCGCCCCCUCCAACGCCACCGAGCGCCACUACUUGGCUGAGACCAACGUGGCCAACCUGGCCCUCCUCUACCACCUGGGGAUCCUCCUUCCCCUCGCCACGUUCGUGCUGGCGGCCUCCCUGCUGAUCACCUCCCUCAAGAGGCACGCCCUGCGCAUGGGAAGCCACGCCACCGGCUCCAGGGACCCCAGCAUGGAGGCGCACCUGGGGGCCAUCAGAGCCAUCAGCUACUUUUUCAUUCUCUACAUGUUCAACGCCGUCGCUCUAUUUCUUUCCACGUCCAACGUCUUCGAUGCCAGCAGUGCCUGGGAUAUUUUGUGCAAAGUCAUCACGGCUGCCUACCCAGCCGUCCACUCGGUGCUGCUGAUCUUGGGCAACCCUGGGCUGAGAAGAGCCUGGAGGCGGCUCCGGCACUGA